UCCUCUCAUUGGUUGUCAGGUUACUAUGGGGACGGGAUGAACGCCAUCAUCCUGUUCACCUCCUGUUACCUGCCUGAGAACACGGUGGACGACUAUGAGUAUGUCAUGGACAACUUGUUCAGGUACAUCGUGGGGACGUUGGACCUGAUGGUCUCGGAGAACUACCUACUCGUCUACCUGUGUGCGAUGGCACCGAGAAACAAACUUCCCUCCAUCAAGUGGCUUCAUCAGUGUUACACAUCCAUCGACAGAAGGCUGAAGAAGGAUCUAAAGGGGCUGCUGGUUGUUCAUCCUGCCUGGUACAUUAAGGCUCUGAUCACUGUCGUCAAACCGUUCAUCAGUGACAAGUUCAGCAGGAAGAUUCGUUUUGUUCAGAGUCUUCAGCAGCUUUCACAGAUCAUCCCCACAGAACGACUCCAGAUCCCUGACGCCAUCCGCCAGUUUGAUGACAAACUGAACAGAUGAAAACCGACUGAGCACAUGAUGGAAGCUGAAGGUCAGAGAUCGCUGUUUCCUGCUGACCUUUGACCCUGUUUAUUUGUACAGUGUGCGGGUGUUUGUAAAUCAGUGACUGUAAAUAAAGUUGAUUUAAAUGUU